UAUUGAGUUUCUUGAGUCAUAUACCUGUUCUCAAAGAGUAGCUUAUUGCGCUUUGUGACGCAAAGGCCCUUUUGAAUGCAACAGUAUUACCCCUAUUACCUCCGGUGUUAGCCAGUGAGAACCUAUUAGCUACAGCUUGUAAAUUCCUGGCUGAGGUCAUUGUUGAUAUGAACGGAGAGGUUUGGAUCAUAUCCUGCAGUUUAUUUUUUCUGAGCUCCACUCGCUUUUAAGGAGCGUCUGGUAUUUCCACGCUAAAAACCUUGCCGCUGGACGCAUCGGUGUGCAGAUAGUCUUACCGCUUUUUAAGUGUGGUCUGCUGGCCUAUAAGGACGGAUGAAGUCAGUGGGAACCUCACACCUAUUGAACAAGGCCCAGGAGCUACGCUACUUCCACCAUGACUGAACGCUUCGACUGUUACUACUGCCGUGACAACCUGCAUGGGAAGAAGUAUAUUAAGAAGGAUGAGAAGCACGUGUGUACAAAGUGCUUCGACAAGCUCUGUGCCAACACCUGCGCAGAAUGCCGUCGCCCCAUUGGGGCUGAUGCCAAGGAGCUGAACCAUAAGAACCGCCACUGGCACGAGGACUGCUUCCGCUGUGCCAAGUGCUACAAGCCCCUGGCCAACGAGCCCUUCAGCGCCAGGGACGACGGCAAGAUCAUGUGUGGCAAGUGUGGCUCCCGCGAGGAUGGCAACCGGUGCCAGGCCUGCUACAAGGUGGUCAUGCCAGGCACACAGAACGUGGAGUAUAAGAAGAAGGUGUGGCAUGAGGACUGCUUCACCUGCUUUGAGUGCAAGCAGCCAAUCCGCGCUCAGAGCUUCCUGAACAAGGGCGAGGACAUCUACUGCGGCCCGUGCCAUGACAAGAAGUUUGCCAAGAAAUGCUUCCACUGCAAGCAGCCCAUAACUUCAGGUGGUAUAAGCUACCAGGAUCAGCCAUGGCACUCUGAGUGCUUUGUGUGUCAUACCUGUCGUAAGAACCUGGCCGGAACCCGCUUCACCUCCCACGAGGAGCACGUCUACUGUGUGGACUGCUACAAGACCUCCGUUGCCAAGCAGUGCAACGGCUGCAAGAACCCCAUCACAGGGUUUGGCCAUGGGACCAACGUGGUGAACUACGAGGGUCACUCCUGGCACGAGUACUGCUUCAACUGCAAGAAAUGCUCCCUCUCCCUGGCCAACAAGCGCUUUGUCAUCAACGGAGAGAACAUCUACUGCCCUGACUGUGCCAAGAAGCUGUGAGCACAGCCAGCCAGGAUGCCCAAAAAGUUCUGUCAUUCAUGUUGAGAUGUUUUGACAGGGUCAGGAACAUAAAUUAGUGCCAACUAAAGUUGAGAGGUCAAUCCAAGGGUUAAAACUAGAGAAAGGUCAAUUACUUGAGUGAAUUUGAACAGCAGCCAAAUUAGAAUCUUGUUCCAGUGUUGUCAUUGUUGAAUACUAACACACGUCAACUGGUUUGCUUUUGUGGGCCUUCGAUAUGCAAUACUAACAAGCUUGAACACUGCAUAGCCAUAUUAGGGAAUGCUAUUUUCACUGCCUUACUGGAACACUGCUUUGGUAAUACUAAUAUGGCAAUUACAUGUUACAAUGCUUCACAUUGCUUCUCGAAUUAUAUACUAGCUUCACUAAAUACAAUCAGUCACGGCACCUCUGAAGUGAUGUUUGCAGAGUUACGUAUGAGGGUUUCACAUAUAACGAACGCUUCUUGUAAUAACCAGUAUGGACAAACUAGGUCAUCUGUAGGUAUCAAGUGGUGUUAUGAGAUAGUAAUCUAAUCAUGUACUCAUACUGUAACUUUCUGACGUGGAGGGAAAGUUCGGGAUGAGAAUGCACAUUAUGAUGGGUCAAUAAAGGCAAGUGAUAAAUUGA